ACCUGGAAAAACAAGCUCUCCACACACACACACACACACGCACGCAGUUAACAGUCCGCUAAAAACAACAACAACAACUACCACCAGCCAUGUUUCAACAAACCUCUACAAUCUAUUCUUUUGACAAGAAGACACACGGACAACCAGAAUAUCAACGCACCCUUCGUUUGGACGCAGAAAGCGCCCAGAAAGUGCUGUAUGUGCGGGGGACCACCUUGAAGGCGAACCUGGGCAGGAGCGCGCCUCCCAACUCCGCAUUCUUCUCAGUCAAAUGCACCCCCAACAUUCAGUGCAGCAUCGUCCCGCCUAUCCAGGCGACCUCUCACCUCUCCCCCAUCUCCCUCGAUGGAAAGUCAUUGCUGCUCAUCUCCAUGAGCAGUGCCAGCCAACAUGAGAACGACAGCAAGCUGACUGUCCGAUACUACGGGCAGGAUAAAGAAGUUUUGAGCAAUGCCAUCCUGCACCUGACGGCAAUUGAGAUCUCUCUCGACGUGGAUGCCGACCGAGAUGGCGUUGUGGAGAAAAACAACCCCAAUAAGGGAUCUUGGAAGUGGGGUCCCGAUGGGCAUGGAGCCAUCCUAUUGGUCAACUGUGACUCGGAGAGAAGCUAUUCCAAGAGACUCGACACUGAGGUGGACUACAUCUCCAAGCUGUCAGAUCUGCGGGACAUGUCCGAGAUGGUGCUGCGGACGCGAGGCCCCGCCAAGCUCCCGGCGGGCUACAAGCUCACCAUGCACAUAUCUCAGGGAGAUGCGGAGAGCGUCAGGGUGUACAGGCCCAGGCCUCGCUCCUACGGCAACUUCCUGCCCGGCGUAUCGGGCGGCUUUACGAGAGUGCUGACCAGCCAGGUGUUGUCCGGCGAGGUGCCGUACCUCGGGGGUGUAGCCGAGACUAGCUUUUACGUGGAGGGUCUCAGGUUUCCGGACAAGGACUUUGAUGGGCUCGUCAGUAUCAACCUUAGCCUGCUGGAGCCCAUUUGUAGAGGUCUUCCCGAGACCCCCAUUUUCACCGACACCGUUGUGUUCCGAGUGGCGCCGUGGAUCAUGACGCCAAACACCCUGCAGCCUGUUGAGGUGUUUGUGUGCAGCACGUCGGAUAACUACGGCUUCCUGAAAGGAAUGAAGAGUCUCGUGGCCAGCAGCGGCUACAAACUCAACAUCUGUCACGAGUAUAUGAACAGAGGCGACCGCUGGAUGCAAGAUGAGCUGGAGUUUGGCUACAUCGAAGCGCCGCAUCACCGCUUUCCCGUGGUCCUGGAUUCCCCCAGAGAUGGAAAACUUGUGGACUUUCCGUACAAUGAGCUACUGGGCCCCGACUUUGGCUACGUGACGAGAGUGGCCUUGAGGAAAGACGUGAGCAGUCUGGACUCGUUCGGCAAUCUGGAGGUCAGUCCUCCCGUCACGGUCAACGGGAAAGAGUAUCCGUUGGGAAGGAUCAUCAUCGGCGUGGCAUUUCCCACAACCACCAAAGGACGGAACAUGACCAAAGUGGUUCAAGACUUCCUGUGGGCACAGAAGGUCCAAGAACCCAUCGCCUUGUUUUCUGACUGGCUGGUUGUCGGCCACGUGGACGAAUUCAUGACGUUUGUUCCCGCGCCAGACAGGAAGGGCUUUCGGCUGCUGCUGGCCAGUCCAGACGCGGGCUACAAGCUAUUCAGAGGCCUAAAGAACAACGGUCACGGACAGGCCAAACUCUUCGAGGGGCGGAGUGACCAAGUGCCAAUCACAGUGGACGACGUACUUGAAGACGAAGCUUUCCAAGCUGAGAACAACUACGUUCAGAGCUGCAUCGACUGGAACCGAGACGUGCUGAAGCGAGAGCUGGGCCUGGACGACGCCGACAUCAUCGACCUGCCCAUCCUCUUCAAGUUGGAACAGGACGUUGACCACGAGUUUCGAGCCGUGGCCUUCUACCCCGACAUGGUCAACAUGAUCGUGCUGGGGCAAAGCCUGGGCAUUCCCAAGCCCUUCGGUCCCAAGGUGAACGACCGCUGCGCCCUGGAGGCGGAGAUGUGCUCCCUGAUGGAGGGCCUGGGACUCACCUGCACCUUCAUCGACGACUUCGCCUCCUACCACCGGCUCCUGGGCGAGGUCCACUGCGGCUCCAACGUGCGCAGGGAAGCGUUCGAGUUCAAGUGGUGGGACCUGGACUUGUGAGUCGAGCAUCCUGGGACUGGGAAGCAUCACCGCGAUGGGCUUUUCACGUCAUUAAACAUCUCUGUUGUCUUUAUUUACAAUGAGGAUGCAAAGCAAUACUGUAUGUACAAGCGAGUCUUUUUCACAAGCAGACAAACAGAAAUACAAUCAUUUCAAAUCAGAGCGCACUUGUUGGAUCGACCACUGAUUAAAAAAAAAUAAUAAAAUGGAAAAAGACG